AUGGAAUCCAAUCCAGGAGACAAAGAUCACCGCGCUCGACAACUAGUUUUCUUCGCGAUUUGCUCGGCGAAGUCAAAAGGCUGCGCCGCAGCCGCUCGGGACAUUUGCAACACGUACAGCAAAGGUGUCAUAGGCGUAGCUGCAAUAGCACCAGCAACCAGCGCCGAUAAUCCGGUAUAUGUGGGAGAUCCGGAGAAGAAACCGAUCGUCUCAUCAUCAAAAUCGCCGUCGAUGUUCGAUCGUUUAUGCGGAUGUUGUCGUCAUGAAGCCUCGGCCAGCGACGACGUUAUAGUCGGCGAAGAAGAACGACGACUUCGAGCCAACGAUCGUGCCUAUAACUCUCGGUUCAAAUAUGCGGACAACUAUAUAAAAACUUCUAAAUAUAAUAUCAUCACUUUCAUCCCUCAUAAUCUAUUCGAACAGUUUCAACGGAUAGCUAACUUCUAUUUUUUGGUAUUAAUGAUAUUACAGUUUAUUCCACAAAUCUCUUCUAUAUCAUGGUAUUCGACAGCAAUUCCACUUGUAAUCGUACUAGCAUUCAGUGCGAUUAAAGACGGGUACGAUGAUGUGCAACGGCAUAUCUCCGAUCGAAAUGUGAACGGUCGAAAGUCAUACGUUGUACGUAACGGACAUUUGAACGAAGAAGAAUGGAGUAAUGUUCGUGUGGGGGAUGUUAUACGAAUGAUGAGCAAUCAAUUUGUGGCGGCCGACCUACUAUUACUGUCCACUUCUGAGCCACAUGGGAUUUGUUACAUUGAAACGAUGGAAUUAGACGGUGAGACGAAUCUGAAGACGAGAGGAGCGUUGCCAGACACUGCAGAAAUGGGCGAUGAUCUGGUUGCUAUCAGUAAAUUCAAUGGCGAGAUUGUAUGCGAGGCACCGAACAACAAGUUGGACAAGUUCCAGGGAAAGCUCAUAUGGCAAGAAAGAGAGAUGCCAAUCACCAACGACAACAUUCUUCUCAGGGGAUGUAUCCUGAAAAAUACACGAUGGUGCUAUGGAUUGGUAAUAUUUGCUGGAAAGGACACGAAGUUAAUGAUGAAUUCUGGGAAAUCAAAAUUCAAACGCACCAGUCUGGAUCGUUUUCUCAACAUCCUUAUUAUGGGGAUUGUGCUCUUUCUGAUUGCAAUGUGCUUGAUCUGUACCGUACUGUGCGGUGUUUGGGAAUGGACUACCGGUCGUUGGUUCACUAUUUAUCUUCCUUGGGAUGAUAUUGUUCCGAAUAGACAUCAACACGGUUCACAACAAAUCGCUAUCAUUUCUUUCUUGAUGUUUUUCUCCUAUGUGAUCCUUCUCAACACAGUAGUCCCAAUUUCUUUGUAUGUAAGCGUGGAAAUUAUUCGUUUCAUUCAUUCGAUGUGGAUCAACUCCGAUCAACAGAUGUAUUUCGUUAACGGCGAGAAAAGCGUGCCGGCACGUGCGCAUACGACCACUCUGAACGAGGAGCUGGGACAGGUACAGUACGUGUUCAGCGACAAAACGGGAACACUCACUAGAAAUAUUAUGACUUUUAAUAAAUGCACCAUCAACGGAGUUUGCUAUGGGGAUGUGAUCAGCCCGAGCGGAGAAAUCAUGGAAAUCACCAGUCAUACAAAGCCGAUCGAUUUUUCGUGGAAUUCUCAUUACGAAGAAUCGUUCACGUUCUAUGACAAAAGAUUGUUGGAUGACACUAAGAAAGGUGUACCGGAGGUGACGGAAUUCUGGCGACUAUUGGCGUUAUGCCAUACAGUGAUGCCGGAACGAGACAAAGGACAACUCGUCUACCAGGCUCAAUCGCCGGACGAAGCCGCGCUCACCUCCGCCGCUCGGAAUUUCGGCUUCGUAUUUCGUGCUCGAACUCCGCAAUCAAUAACCAUAGAAGUGCUGGGGAAGGAAGAGGUGUACGAGCUGCUCUGCAUCCUCGACUUCAACAAUGAUCGAAAGCGUAUGUCUGUAAUAACGAGGAACUCAAAAGGUAAAAUCCGUCUCUAUUGCAAAGGUGCGGACAUGAUGAUCAUGGAAAGGCUGCGAUCGGACACUUCCUCACUGCUUGUCAGUUCCACCAACACCCAUCUGGCAGAGUUCGCCAAUAUUGGUCUACGUACACUUUGUUUAGCGUACAAGGAUAUAGAGCCAGAUUAUUUUGAAGAUUGGAUUAGACGACAACAAGAGGCGGCUGUCGACAUGUACAACCGAGAAAAGAAGCUCGAAGCGGUUUACGAAGAAAUGGAGAAAGGUAUGACCUUAAUUGGAGGCACAGCUAUAGAAGAUAAACUUCAAGACGGAGUACCGGAAGCAAUCGCUCGUUUAGCAGAGGCUAACAUCAAGAUAUGGGUCCUAACUGGAGACAAAACGGAAACAGCUAUAAACAUCGCGUACUCGUGCCGUCUCCUAACCGAUGACAUGAAAGAAAUCGUGGUGAUCGACGGUCAGACUCAUUCCGAAGUCGAAGUCCAGCUGAAGGACACAAAGACAACUUUUGAUCGUAUAAUGAACAACAACAACUCGCAAUCACCUAUCAUGGACAAGCCUCGUUUUGAAAUCGAAACCAUACAUGGAAACGGACAAAACUCUACAAUGACUUAUGGAGUUGCGAAUUCCAAACAAUCACCAUCGGAACAUCAACGAGACGGCGGUGUCGCGCUUGUAAUUAAUGGAGACUCACUCGGAUUCGCACUCGAUCAACGUCUUGAACGAUUAUUCCUCGAAAUUGCUACGAUGUGUAUGGCUGUGAUCUGUUGUCGCGUAACGCCACUUCAGAAGGCGCAGGUGGUGGAUCUUGUGAAACGGAACAAAAAAGCCGUGACAUUGUCUAUCGGAGAUGGAGCUAACGAUGUAUCGAUGAUUAAAACAGCACAUAUUGGAGUUGGAAUAUCAGGCCAAGAAGGCAUGCAAGCUGUGCUUGCGUCCGACUAUUCGAUCGGGCAGUUUCGAUAUUUGGAACGUCUUUUACUUGUUCAUGGAAGGUGGUCAUACAUUCGAAUGGCAAAGUUCCUGCGGUACUUCUUCUAUAAGAAUUUUGCUUUUACAUUGACACAUUUUUGGUAUUCAUUCUUCUGUGGAUAUUCCGCUCAGACCGUUUUCGAUGCUGUUUUCAUCGCAUGUUACAAUCUUUUCUUCACAGCUCUUCCUGUUUUGGCAAUGGGAUCUCUUGAUCAGGACGUGGACGACAACUACAGCUUACAAUACCCGAAACUGUACCUCCCUGGUCAGUUCAAUCUGUUUUUUAAUAUGAGGAUAUUCAUCUAUUCCGUUCUUCACGGCAUGUUCAGUUCACUUGUAAUCUUCUUUAUACCCUACGGGGCACUUCUGAAUGGAGCCGCAUACGAUGGGAAGGACUUAGAUGACUAUUCCACGUUAGCGUUUACCACAUUUACGGCGCUGAUUGUGGUGGUCACUGGUCAAAUCGCCUUUGACACCGCGUAUUGGACAGCGAUCAAUCAUUUCGUCAUUUGGGGAUCGCUUAUUUUCUAUCUUUUAUUGGCAUUCCUUAUUUAUGAAGCACUACCUGUUUCUCUGGUCGCAAAAACCUCAUCGACAAUCUCUUACGGGGUUGCGUUCAAAACUAUGGCAACCCCACAAUUCUGGUUCUCCAUACUUAUGGUGACAGUGAUACUGCUCCUUCCGGUAAUGUUGAACCGGUUCUUCUGGCUUGAUACGCAUCCAUCGUUCGCGGAUCGCCUUAGAGUUAGGAGAAGUUUGGGGAAAAGAGCGGUUAGCGUCAAAGAAAAAGAAGAUAAAAAACCUGCCUUCACUCGAUCUGCAGCGACACGUCGUAGCGUUCGCGGUUCUCUGCGUUCCGGAUACGCGUUCUCUCAUACGCAAGGAUUUGGAGACCUCAUUCUCAAAGGGAAACUCUUCAAAAAUGUCGAACAAAUUCGAGCAAAGAACGGUUUGCGGUCCCCUCGUAAUGGUCUUACUCCUGUGCUCGAGACUCCUCCUAUGAUUACUCCUGUUCCUGAUACUGUGGAGAUGAGUCCAAGUUCAGCAGGAAUGCCCGUAAUGACUCUACCAUACGAGCCGGUCGUACGACAAACGCAUCGUCUCACUGUCAACGACGACGAAUGGUCUGUCGGUGGAGAUGUGUCAGGUUUACGAGGAACUGUUAUUCGUGGAGAUGGUUAUCCAGCAGCACCCAUUUCUUCCGGGUUGCCACCGUCUUUCACGGACAGCUCAUCAACUUCAUCAACAUCCUUAUGGCAUAGUAGAAGUCAUCGCACGACACCUAGACGAGAAACUGAGGUCGAAGAUGACGACGUAAUUAUUGAGCGUUUCUGA